AUGCUUUCAAGUGCCAAAUUAUUAAAACAAGCGUGUUCGAGGUCUGCUAUUGCUUCUCGGAGCUUAACUGCUCAACAAAUUUUCGACCGUGAAAAAAAAUACGGAUGUCACAACUACAAACCAUUACCGGUUGCUUUAGCUAAAGGAGAAGGUGUCCAUGUUUGGGAUGUUGCGGGCAAGAAGUAUUUUGAUUUCUUAUCUGCUUAUUCUGCCGUUAACCAGGGUCAUUGUCACCCAAAGCUCGUUAAGGUUAUGCACGAUCAAUCCAAAGUUCUUACUUUAACCUCAAGAGCAUUCUAUAACGAUGUACUAGGAGAGUAUGAAGAAUAUAUCACUAAGCUUUUCAAAUAUGACAAAGUCUUGCCAAUGAACUCAGGUGUCGAAGCUUGUGACUCUGCUGUCAAGUUGGCCAGACGAUGGGCUUAUGAUGUUAAAGGAGUACCAGAUGGCCAAGCUAAGGUAGUAUUUGCCAAAGACAACUUCUGGGGAAGAUCUAUCGCCGCCAUUUCUGCUUCAACUGAUCCAGAUUCCUUUGCCCGCUUUGGACCAUACGUUCCAGGGUUCGAGACUGUUGAAUACAACAACAUUGCAGCUGUCGAGAAAGCCAUAUCUGAUCCUAAUGUAGCCGCCUUCAUGGUUGAGCCUAUUCAAGGAGAGGCUGGAGUCGUCGUUCCAGACAAAGGCUACUUGAAGACUGUUUCUGAAUUAUGCAAAAAACACAAUGUUCUCUUCAUCACCGACGAGGUUCAGACAGGACUGGGAAGAACCGGAAAACUUCUUGCCCAUUACCAUGAUGAUGUCCGACCAGACAUUGUUAUUCUUGGAAAAGCAUUGUCCGGUGGAAUGUACCCUGUGUCUGCCGUUCUGUGUGACGAUCACAUCAUGAUGAAUAUCAAGCCAGGACAACAUGGCUCCACAUAUGGUGGAAAUCCAUUGGCUGCCAAAAUCGGAGUUGCCGCUUUGGAGAUCCUUAUUGAAGAGAAUUUAGUUGAGAAUUCAGCUAAGAUGGGAGAUUUAUUGAUGGACAAACUGCGUACAUUACCAAAAGAUGUCGUGUCGACAGUCCGUGGACGUGGUCUGCUAUGCGCUAUCGUCAUUAACUCCAAGUAUGAUGCCUGGCAAGUAUGUCUCAAGUUAGCCGAUAAUGGUUUGUUGGCUAAGAACACUCAUGGAGAUAUUAUCCGAUUUGCUCCACCUUUGUGCAUCAAUGAACAACAGGUAAAUGAAGCUGCUGAUAUUAUCAUCAAGACCAUCAACGAUUUCGCCGCCAAAUCACAAUAA